AUGUCUGUUAGGGCAACAGAGAAUGAUCCUCCUAGAUUCUUCGUGGGUGGAGAAGAUGGAGAAGAAUUACUGGACUCUGCCAGAUCUACAGAUUAUGAACACUUCUAUGACCAUGGGGAAGAAGAGGAGGAAGAGUAUGACUCUCCACCAGAAAGACAAAUUGCAGUUGGGAUUUGUUCAAUGGCGAAGAAAUCAAAGUCCAAACCAAUGAAAGAAAUUCUUGAACGCCUCUCCAUGUUUAAGUACAUAACUGUGGUAAUAUUUGAAGAGGAUGUAAUUUUGAAUGAACCAGUAGAAAACUGGCCUUUAUGUGACUGUCUCAUUUCUUUUCAUUCUAAAGGAUUUCCACUGGACAAAGCAGUUGCCUAUGCAAAACUCAGGAGUCCAUUCAUAAUCAAUGACUUGAAUAUGCAGUAUCAUAUACAAGACAGGAGAGAAGUAUACAGUAUUCUUAAAGCUGAAGGCAUUUUACUUCCUCGCUAUGCAGUUCUGAACCGUGAUCCAAACAAUCCCCAAGAAUGCAACUUGAUUGAAGGAGAAGAUCAUGUGGAAGUGAAUGGAGAAAUUUUCCAAAAGCCUUUUGUAGAAAAGCCAGUUAGUGCUGAGGACCACAAUGUUUACAUUUAUUAUCCAACAUCUGCUGGAGGUGGAAGCCAGAGGCUCUUUCGAAAGAUUGGCAGCAGAAGCAGUGUUUAUUCCCCUGAAAGCAGUGUGAGAAAAACAGGCUCCUAUAUUUAUGAGGAAUUCAUGCCUACAGAUGGCACUGAUGUGAAGGUGUACACGGUAGGCCCAGACUAUGCUCAUGCUGAAGCCCGGAAGUCUCCAGCUCUGGAUGGCAAGGUAGAACGAGAUAGUGAAGGAAAAGAAGUGAGGUAUCCGGUUAUCCUGAAUGCAAGAGAGAAGUUAAUUGCUUGGAAAGUAUGCCUUGCAUUUAAACAAACAGUUUGUGGCUUUGAUUUGCUGCGUGCUAAUGGACAGUCCUAUGUCUGUGAUGUGAAUGGCUUCAGUUUUGUGAAAAACUCCAUGAAAUACUAUGAUGAUUGUGCUAAGAUACUGGGAAAUAUCAUAAUGAGAGAACUUGCUCCCCAGUUUCAGAUACCAUGGUCAAUUCCUUUGGAAGCUGAAGAUAUCCCUAUUGUGCCAACCACCUCUGGAACAAUGAUGGAGCUUAGAUGUGUUAUAGCUGUAAUACGCCAUGGGGACCGAACACCAAAACAAAAAAUGAAAAUGGAAGUAAAACAUCAGAAGUUUUUUGAUCUCUUUGAAAAAUGUGAUGGAUAUAAAUCUGGAAAACUAAAAUUGAAAAAACCAAAACAGUUACAGGAAGUGCUUGAUAUAGCAAGGCAACUCCUUGUAGAACUUGGGCAAAACAAUGAUUCUGAAAUUGAAGAAAGUAAAGCAAAACUUGAGCAGCUGAAGACUGUGUUAGAAAUGUAUGGGCAUUUUUCAGGCAUAAAUCGCAAAGUUCAAUUAACGUAUCUUCCUCAUGGUUGCCCAAAGACUUCCAGUGAAGAGGAAGAUAAUAGAAGAAAUGAGCCAUCCCUGCUUCUGGUUCUAAAAUGGGGAGGAGAAUUGACCCCUGCAGGCAGGGUUCAAGCAGAGGAGCUCGGAAGGGCUUUCAGGUGUAUGUAUCCAGGUGGACAAGGAGAUUAUGCUGGAUUUCCUGGAUGUGGUUUGCUUAGAUUACAUAGCACUUACCGACAUGAUCUCAAAAUCUACGCUUCUGAUGAGGGACGAGUUCAGAUGACUGCGGCAGCUUUUGCAAAG